AUGGCGACAAACCCAAAUGCAGAAGAGCAGACACGUGGAACAGAAAAUGAGCAAGAAGCAAAGCCUGUGCCUGUUGGGUGGUUACAGAAAAUCGAAGAGCAGUAUAGGAAAACCAAAGCACAUGCUGAGGCUUACCCCUAUGUAUGGGGGUCUUAUAUUCUUGUAUACGGAGGUUUUGGCCUAUGGUUAACCUACAGGUGGAGAGUUCUACGCAACACUGAAGACAGAGUUCGAGCUCUUCAAGAGAGGAUCCGCAAACAAAAUGAGGAGGCGUCUAGCUCUGCUAAAGUUGUAGAGAGAAAAGUAAAAUACGGUUCAUCAACACCCAAGCCACCAUCUAUUGAUAAAGCUAACAAAUAGUUGGUUUAAGAUACUGUUGAAAGAUAAAUACUCCCCAGGAAACCUAUGUUUUGCAGUUCUAGUGCAGAGAAGCGGAAGAUUCUGAUGCAAAUACCUCUCUUUCACCCGUCGUUUGAUCAUAUGAACAACAUUUCCAGUCUGUGGUAAGUUAAAAAAGUAUUAUUUCAGCUUUAUUCAAGUAACAGAUUUUAAACAUAAACGAUGGGGUGUAAACAAUUGAUUCUGCCUUUUUUUGUGGGCAUUUCUUGGAUAGUUUGCGGUUAAAACGCAAAAUAAGAGUAUUCUUUUUUGCUAAA